AUGCAUCAAGCUAGUUCAAGUCCAGACGAUAUGUCAUCAGGCCAUUCACUUAAAACUCGUGCUGAACAAGAGCGUAUAUCAUCAUUUCUUCAUGAAAAUACUCGAAGAUCAAGUUCAGAAGAAAAAAAAUCUCAUCGUAUUCCUAGUGGUAAUUCUCGGCAUCGUCAUCAUCGACAUCCACUUGAUCCAAUCGAAUCUGAUUCAGAUUCUGAUCUUCGUAGUCGUCAUAGAUCAAAUAAUAAAUCAAAAACAAAACAUCGUCGAUCACAUUCACGUUCGUCAUCAAGUGAAGGUGAACGACGACGAAAGCGUAAACAAUCUGAUAAAAAUAAUGAUACAAAUCAUCGUCGUCGUCGAAGACAUUCAUCGGCUAGUUCAAGUCGUAGUUCAACAACUCGUAGUAAGAGUCGAGAUCGAAAACGACGAAUAUCGGUUGAAAAACAUGAACCAAAACCAACUAGUACAAUUAUUAUGCAUAACAUUCCAUUAAUUUUCGAUGAACAUGAGCUCUUAUCUGAAUUAUCGAUUGCUAAAGUACCAAUACAAGAAAUUCGUAUAAUUCAUCGUAGAGAUCCCGCGACAAAUCUUCAAACGGCUUAUAUCGAAUUCAGUACAGUUCAAGAAGCUGAACAAUGGAUGAAUUUAACGCAGGGUACAUUUCUUCUCAACGAUCAUCUUGUUACACUGACACAUCGCUUCGACGACGAUUCAUCAUCGAUAAAUAUCAACAGCAAUACUACUACUCAUCGAGAUUAUCAGCGUAAUAAUAUCAAUGAAUUACGUCUUCGUGAUUGGGAUUGUUAUAAAUGUGGUGUACAAAAUUUUAAACGACGUGAUCAUUGUUUUAAUUGUCAUAUAUCGCGUGAAGACUCGGAACGAACACGAGAUCUUGAUGGAUUUUCAUUUGUUGGUUUAAAUCCAUGCAAUACAUUGGUACUACGUGGUUUAGAUAUUUUAACAUCUAAAGAAACAAUUGAAACUAAAUUGCUUGAAUUAACAUUAGUACCAAUGAAAAAUUCUGCAAUUGUUAAAGACAAUUAUACCGGUGUAUCACGUGGUUUUGCUUUUGUUGAAUAUAAUUCAAUACAUGAUUCCGUAUUAGUUUAUGAAAAAUUACAAACAACAACACCUGGAGUUGAGAUCGAAGGAAAAGCUGUUAUAGUCCAUUUUUCAAAAAAUAAUUUUGCAACAUCACUUGCACAAAUUCAAGAUGAAGAUGAAGAUUUUUAUUCAAGACGAUCAACAUCGUCUCGAAAUCGUCAUCGACAUGAUCAUGAUCGUCCGUCAAAUGUUGGUCAAUUACUUCCAUCAAAUAAUGUCGAUCGAACACUUACUGCAGCUGAUAUUGCUCAACAAGCAUUACAAAAUAUUCAUGCUCAAAAACAACGUGAUUAUACUCGUCCACAACGUCGUCGAAAUCAUUCAAGUAGUGAUUAUUCAAGUGAUUCAUCAUCAAAUCCACAAAAAAAAAGACAAUGUUCAAAAAAAGAAUCCGAACAAUAUACAACACCAGAUCCAUCAAAAUUUGAAUGGUAUCCAGAAGUUGGUUAUCAUUUUGAUAAAACAACAGGAUUUUAUUUUGAUGCUAAAUCAUCAUAUUUUUAUAAUCCAACAACACAAAAAUAUAUGUAUUGGGAUCCAGCUCAAUCAACAUAUAUACCUGUUGAAGAUACAAUAACAACAACAGUUACAAAUGAAACUACAAAUACAACAGCAACUGAGCCAAAAGAUAAAUCUGAAAAAGUCAAAAAUGCUCAAAAAGUUGCAAAAGAAAUGGAACAAUGGGCAAAAAAAGAACGUGAAAGAAAAGAAAAAGAAGCUAAACGUAAAGCUCAAGUAGCAGCAGCUGCUAUGCCAACAACAAUAAGUACGAGUGAUUCUACAUCUACAAAUUCAUCUUCAACAGGAGCAUCAUCAUUUGCUGAAGUUGGUCUUCCAUCAAAUCGACCAACUGGUGGUUUAAUAUCACUAAAUUUGAUGUCAUCUAAUAGUAGUACAUCUACAACAAAUCGACCAGCUUUAUUAGCAGCAUUUGAUAAUCCUGAUUCGGAUAAUGAUGAUAAUGAUAAUGAUAAUGAUAAUAAUACAACAAAAUCUUCAACAACAACGACAACAACAAGUACAAAUGUUCUUGAUAGUAAUGAAGAAAAAUUAGUUGAUUGGAAUAAAUUAGCAUGUCUUCUAUGUCAACGACAAUUUGAUACACGUGAAAUACUUGAAAAACAUUUACAAAUGUCAAAUCUUCAUAAAGAAAAUUUAGCAAAAGCCGGUAUUGUUCGAUCACAACCACUUGUUUAUCGUGAUCGUGCGAAAGAACGUCGAGAAGCAUUCGGAAUAGAUGAUUCAAGUAAACGAAAUGAUUAUUCACCUGUUCAUGAACGAUCAUCAUAUUCAACAAAUUCGCGCCGAACACAUAAUCAAAAUCAAUCAUCAUCGUCAUCAUCAGGUAGUAUCGGUUCAAAACUAAUGAAGAAACAUGGUUGGCAAGAAGGCCAAGGUUUAGGAAAAAAAUUACAAGGUCGAGCUGAUCCUCUUGAAGCUGAAAUGAGACAAAGAGGACUUGGUCUUGGUGCCGAUCAACGACUUAAAUAUCAUGCUGAGCCAGGAGAUUCAUAUAAAGAUGUUGUACGAAAAGUUGCACGUGCACGAUUUUCAAUGAUGGAAUCUUGA